CGCGAGACACCAAUCUGUCAAAAACGACCUGCCGGGUCUUUCAGGGGUUUUCUGCAAACUCCCGCUUCCCGAUCGGACACGAGUCAGUUCUGAGGGGAACGGGGAGCGUUCCUGACGGCAAGGGAGCAGCCAACUGCACACCUCGGGUGCUGUUUCCUCAUCCGGCCUUUGGGAGGCCGUGCACCCUCCGUGUAGGCAGUUAAAGACUCCAUCCACAGUAGAGGACAAGGAGCGAGUCACACCAGGAGAGAAGCACGCGCUCCUUGGCAGAGCUGAGGGGCAGGUGCGUAGUCCCAAGUGGAGGUGAUGCCCAGGCUAACACAGAGGGUGGUGGUGUCUUCGAAACACGAUCCCCACUCUCCCUGCCGCGGGACAAGCGAGAAGGCCAGCUGGCUUCCAGAAGACAAAGCGUUCUGCAACAUUCAAAGAGAGAAGAUCAUCUCCAAGUUUCUCAAGGAAAGCGUUCUGAAGAGAGUGCUCCGCUCCCAGCAAAUGAAGUGGCAGGCUCCCAGCUACCGGACACUCGAGCUGAGCUACGCCUUUCCUUGUACCAGAAAAUCAAUGUAUUUAAAAGAAGAUUAUGAGGAGUACAAAGAAGUAAAUAAAAACAGGAUGCUAGGAAAUAGAGUAAGGAAGGCCCAGUCGCAGGGGGCGCCCGUCAAGCCGUUCGUCCAGCACGCGGAGGCGCCGGGGCCUCGGGGCGGCGGCGCCCCCGGAGAGGACGCCGGGGAGGACACGUGGGCCUGCGGCGCCGCGGGGAUUGUAAGGAAAACCAGGAGCAGCUACAACAAAAGGGGGAGAAGAAAUGGUGAGAGCUGUGGCAGCAGCCUACAAGCGUCAGACGUCUCUCUUGAGAACUUAUCUCACUGGGAUUUGGAUGCGGAAGUACCUGUUCCUGAAAAUAAGAACACUCCUGGAAGGGAUAAUGCCGCCAGCGGCACAAUGAACAAGAACCAUCUGGAAACCCCAGCAGAGAAGCCGAGGCUAGAACUUCACUUGUCAGAGCAGGCUCACAGAAGAACACAGAAGAGUGAACAGGACAUAUUCCAGUUGUGGAGUUCUCCUCUCAGUGAAGGAAGCACCAUGGAGAACAGGGAAUUCAAAAAAUCUUCCAUGGAAGCUGGCUUUCAUGUAAACAGCAGCCCCAUAAGGCUGUUCACGUUGAAGCACUCCUUACCAAGUGCUGCGGCUGAUAAGCAGGUGGGCUCUUUCCCCACACUGCCGACGCCCUUCAGUCUCUGCUGGCCUUACGCGGAUGGAGACUUUUCUAAGGACGGAAGUGAGCUUCAUAGUAAUUCACGUUCAAAUACGGAAGACAACGAUGGCGAGACUGUAUCUGCUCCAAAUUGGAAUGUGAAAUAUGGAAACAGCAGCGUGGAAGAAAAUGUAACAGAUGAAAGUGACUUAUCAGAAAACGAGAAAGCGAAUGAUACUUUACUCAGCUAUUUUAAAAAGAUGGAUUUGAAACUAAAGCCGGAAACCAUUGAAAGCAUUGAAGAGUCGUUCCCCGAGGAGCCCAAUGAAGCGUUUCCGUACCCCGACUUCCUGCCUGCGCCCUUCAACGCCCUGGACUUGCACAAGCUGGCCCUCUCCAAGUCUGAGAACUGGAAAGCCACAGUGGACGCUGCAGAGAGCUCUGUGGAACUCCUGAUAGCCCGUUUGCUGGAACUGGAGCGACUACAGCACACAACCAUCCAGAAAGAGAAGCCCAGACUACAGACUCCUUUCUGCGCCCCAGCACUCACCGAACGACCCUCUUCGUCCAAAGCUGCACCAAAAGGAAAACAGUCAAAAGUUUCUGACUCUUUGGGUUUUCAGGCAUCUUGCGCAGACAAAAGCCGAGAAAAAAGAAAAAACAAUUCUGGUUCUUACAAGCCUGAGCAGAAUGCUUCCAAAUGGAAUUGGAGCAAUUCUGGCAGAUAUAAAUGGGAUUCUAGACCGCCAUCUUUAAAAAGUUCACCUACCACAAAACAGCUGAUGGCAACUUAUGAUGACUCUAAGAAUCAAAGAAAUUCCACUUUAAAUCCAUGCCAAGAACUCUCACCUAAACCCACUAUUCCAGAAACAACUCAAUCACUGGUGAAAAUGGUCUCAGCGAGAUGUCUGCCGCCAAGGUUUCCAAUACCAGUUUCACCUAUACCUUUGACUUUUCCUGAAAAUCAGAGCGAAGAAAUUAAGACAUCAAGGACUAAAAAAAAACUUCAUCGAAAAAACAUAGCAUUGAAUAGACCAUUCUGUAUUCAGAAGCUAAUAUCCCCUUCAUUUAUAGCCAAGAAUAAGUGUUCACCCAUUGACCAGAAAUAAACCACUUAUUUCAUGUAUCCCAGUGUGAGCAAGUCUAUUGCGAGGAGCCCAGCUCAAAUACGGCUCGUCAUUUCAAGAUGCAGGUGUCUGAAAAAAAAAAAAAAAAAGCAAAGCAGAACACCACACAGAACAGCCGCUUGAUGUGAAGUGGAGUAGAGCUCUGAAAACCCUGGCCAAGACCUCCACGUAUACAGCUCCUAGGCUGCACAUUUAACAAUCUUUUGUAUGUUACGUUUCAAAAAAAGUCUUACUUAGUAAAUUAUUCUGUUCAAAA